GGAGGAAGGGGUGUGGGCACUGUCUUUUAAAAAAUGGCAGUUAUGUUUCCAAGGAGCUGCACUGAUUGUGCCGUUGGUUGAGGAUUAUGGAGCGCAUUAUCUGCUGACUCACCUCUCAAUCUCCUUGAAUCUUGAGACACUACACACAUUACUCUCUCUCUCUCUCUCUCUCUCUCUCUCUCUCUCUCUCUGUAGAGAUAUAAUAUAUAUAUAUAUAUAUAUAUGUCGAAUGACAUAGAGGUGGCGGAGCAGGGGGAGUUCUCGGCGAAGGACUACCACGACCCACCGCCGGCGACGCUCAUCGACGCGGAGGAACUCACCAAAUGGUCAUUCUACAGAGCUCUCAUCGCGGAGUUCGUGGCCACCCUCCUCUUCCUCUACAUCACCGUCCUAACCGUGAUUGGCUACAAGAGCCAGAACGACCCCACCAAGAACGCGGACGACUGCGGCGGAGUAGGCCUCCUUGGCAUCGCCUGGGCCUUCGGCGGCACGAUCUUCAUCCUGGUUUACUGCACCGCCGGCAUCUCCGGAGGACACAUAAACCCAGCAGUAACAUUCGGGCUGUUCUUGGGGAGGAAGGUGUCACUGAUAAGGGCUGUGAUGUACAUGGUAGCGCAGUGUUUGGGGGCGAUAUGCGGAGUGGGACUGGUGAAGGCAUUCCAAAAGGCAUACUACAAUAGGUACGGAGGUGGGGCUAAUGAGGUCGCCCACGGCUACUCCAUCGGCGUUGGGCUGGCCGCUGAGAUCGUUGGCACCUUCGUCCUCGUCUACACCGUCUUCUCUGCCACUGAUCCUAAAAGAAGUGCUCGAGACUCCCAUGUCCCCGUAUUGGCACCACUACCCAUUGGGUUUGCGGUGUUCAUGGUUCACUUGGCGACAAUUCCAAUCACUGGCACUGGCAUCAACCCUGCUCGAAGUUUCGGAGCUGCUGUCAUCUACAACAAUGACAAGGCUUGGGAUGACCACUGGAUAUUCUGGGUUGGGCCAUUCGUGGGAGCUGGAAUUGCAGCACUAUAUCACCAGUACAUUCUGAGAGCGGGCGCCAUUAAAGCUUUGGGUUCCUUCAGAAGCACCACCUAGCUACCUACCCCACUUCAAUUUGCAUAUAUUCUUAAUUAAUCUAUCUCAAAAAAAGGAUCAAUCAACGGUUGAAGAUGGGAUUGACGACGAUUUCUGAUCAGAACCAAUCAUAAUCAUCAUCAUCAUCAUAAUAAAAAUAAUGAAAGGGCUAAGCUGAGCAAUCGCUCUCUCUCUCUCUCUCUCUCUCUCUUAGGUGUACAUAAAAGGAGAUAAUGUUGUUUUCUGUGGAAGGUGGGGGGUGGUGUUUGUCUCUCUGUGUUUUUAAGUAUUAUCCUUUUCACUUUGCAGCCGCUGCUGUUUCCUGUUCUUUUUCUAAGAAGUUGCUUCAUUCCAAUGUUUUCUGUAUUUUGUCUACAUAUGUGCAGUUGAGUUGUCAAACUUCGAUUCUUCUUUAAUUUUUCCUAUUCCGUC